AUGACCCCUCAGGACUACGGGUGCUGGGACCAGAUGUAUCGUGCGCAACAGACGACAGCAUUGCAGACAGUCCCGCUAUAUCAAUAUCCUUCGUAUUGCACGCCGCCGGUUACCGCCGGGUUCAGCCAGUCGAUCCUCUCCACCAGUUCGAACGGAUCCGCGGCAGCUGUUGAGAGCGGAGACCUGCUAUCCAACUCAAGUCUUCAGUCCUGUAAUGUCCAGUCAACAAGGUCUUCCCGCUCAAACUCUGAAACCUCCGUAGGAAGCUCCAUCACCGAGGCUACAGAAGUCUCCGCUAGUGCCAGGGCGUCAAGAGCAACCUCUCCAGGCUCUGCAGACCUUCAGGCAUAUGGAUAUCCCGACCGGAACGGGAGCUGGAUCUGUGGAUACCCAGGUUGCAGUUCUCGAGCUGUCUUCAUCCGCGGCUGUGACUUCCGGAAACACUACAAGCGACACACGAAGUCGUUCUUCUGCCGGCUUGAAGGCUGUCCGCAGUCCACGGGCGGCGGCUUCUCGAGCAGGAAAGAUCUAGCUAGGCAUGAAGCCAAGCAUAAUCCGGACGUCAUGUGUGAGUGGGACGGGUGUGAUAGAGUGUUUAGCAGGGUCGAUAAUAUGCGAGACCAUGUAAAACGGAUACACCUGAAGAGUUCUCGGCAGUCCCCUAUGCAGCAGACAGUGUCAGCAUGA